ACGUUACUCCAGUCCAGUAGGUGGCGGUAAUACACCAUAUCUUUGGUUGGUCAGCCCUGACUGUGGCUCACAAAAUGUGAUUGAAAUGUCCGUGUCAAGAUUCCCACCGGCUACAUUAAACCUCAAACAGUUUUUGCAGAGACAAAAAGUUUUAGGUUUGUACCGUAAUAUGUUAAGGACAAUCCGCCAAGUUCCAGAGGAAGCAGAUCGUAAAUAUCUGAAGGACUGGGCAAGAGAGGAGUUCAAGAGGAACAAGGAGGCCACAGAUCAGGUGAAGAACCAUGCAAACAUCUCUAAUGUAUCAUCAUCAUCAUCAACAACAACAACAUACAGCAUUAAAGGUGCCCAAAAGUCUCUCGCUGAGGGUCAGAUGGAGAAAAGACGCCAUCCGGAUGAUGAUCACGCAGGCCAACAAUCACCUCGAGGAGCUUAAGAGGUCCCUCGCUCUGGCUGGAAGGUGACGGGAUGCGGAUGCAGGCUCCCGUGCGAGCGAUCUCGGCUUCAGCGCUCGAUGGUGGCCAGGAGCGUCGCGAAUUUCCUCGCCUCCGUCCGCCCGAUCGCUCGCUCGAGCAGAGAAAUCAUCCGAUUGGGCCGCGCGAGUUUUCGCGAUAAUUACGUGAGCGCUCCCGGUCUCACACGGAGUGUGCUGUGAGGUUUUUACCGCAAGCAAGCAAGCGCAAUAAAUGUAGGUUGUAUUUCA